AUGUGCAAUUAUGGUGGAAAGUGGUCACAUGUGAAUGGGGGCACUGGAGGUCGGCAUAGAACGGUUCCCAUAGAGAUUGGCAGCAAAUAUACUGACGAGGAAUGGAGUCAACGACUGAUUACUGUCAACGAGUUUAUUGGACAGUAUUUGGCGCCAAACUCCCGGUGCGAUACUACCGGUGCUAAAAGGACUGGCUAUUUGGCUCAACACAACCUGUUUGACCAAAUUGUGGAACUAAUGGCCGACAUAUCGGUUCCCGACUAUUGCUGUGUGAGAGCUGAUGAGGACAGGGAGGACGAGGAGGUGGACGUGGAUAUCAACGCGUGGUUCGGACCCAAAGGAACGGUAUCUCCGCUACACUUCGAUCCCAAAGACAAUCUGUUGGCGCAGGUGUUUGGCCACAAGUAUGUGCGGAUCUACUCGAGUGAUACGCCCCGAGAGGCCAUAUAUCCCAACGAUUGCCGGCUGUUGUGUAACACGAGUGCCGUUGACUUGGAAUGUGUGGACUCCGAGAGGUUUCCGGCGUUUGAAGGACUGGACGACUACUACGAGUGCGUCCUCCGAGAGGGGGAACUCCUGUUUAUGCCCACAAAGUGCUGGCAUUUUGUCAAAUCCCUGUCCACUAGUUUUUCCAUAAGUUUUUGGUGGAAAUGA